AUGUUUCUAACGUUGGACUAUCUCAAUAUAGUUCCCAAGCGAGAUAAGCAAAAAUACGUCGUAUCGGAGAAUCUUCUUCUAAAAAAUCAGAUCGUCUCGCAUGUCAGAGAGAGUACAGCCAGAGAUCUAAAGCCGAACGUUCGCAGCGCCUUGUUGAAAAUCGGGCCAGAAACUCAAAACCACGCACGCGCAAGGGAGUCUAGCGCCGUACAUUCGCAGCGCUUUGCUGAAAACCGGGCCAGAAACUCACGAGCACGCGCAAGUGAAUCAAGCGCCGUACAUUCGCAACGCCUCGCAGAGAAUAGAGUUAGAAACUCGCAAUGCGUGUACGGGAAUCUAGCGCCGUACAUUCGCAGCGCCUCGCUGAUAACCGGACCAGAAUCUCAAAGCACGCGCAAAGGAAUCUAG